AUGUAUGCUGAGGAGAGGCUCUCGGGGCCAAGUCGGAUACCCGAGAACGACUCUCACCAGUCCGAACCACCCUUGUCCUCUGCAGACGAUGCCGCACUCGUACCUGACGGCUCAGCCACAGGAUCUCGAUCUGUAUUAAUGCGACUGUAUAUUUCGCAUACUCUCUCAGCAUGGAACUCCCGGAUGUUCGAAUUCGGCGCGGUGCUCUUUCUGGCGUCUAUCUUUCCCGGCACCCUGCUUUACGCGUCGAUAUAUGCCCUCGUUCGGGCUCUAUCGGCUGUUGCGCUAUCAUCUUGGCUUGGUGCACGAGUGGACAGUCUUGAUCGCCUAGUAGCCGUGAGACAUUCAAUUGUAUGGCAGAGAGUCCCCGUUGCGGCGUCUUGCUUGUGCUUUGUCGUUCUUCUGAGAUGUACGGACUCAUGGAUCACUACGUCUCUUUUAUUUGUUGUGGUUGGCUUUCUGGCCUGUCUAGAGAAGUUGGCUUCCACAGCUAACACUGUGGCCGUGGAGAGAGAUUGGGCUAUAGUCAUUUCUGAGAGUAUUAAUGAGCCUCGGCAAGACCUCAAUGCAUCGAUGAGGCGAAUCGAUCUCUUUUGCAAGUUACUUGGACCUCUGUUCAUCUCAUUUGUCCAAAGCUACUCUACUCAAGUCGCCAUUUGGACAAUCUUUGGUCUGAACAUGGCAUCAGUCCUGAUCGAGUAUUUUGCCAUUGCCCAGGUUUAUCAAUCAGUCCCCGCCUUGAAGAGGGCCACGCCCGUGCUCCGCGGAGAUGACACUGACGAAGCCACGAGGGAUCACUCCCAGCAACGUCAAAGCAUUUUAAAUCACUUGCGAAAGGUAUCUGAGCCAUGUUUCGAGUAUAUCGGAAGUCCUGUGUUCCUCGCGUCGUUCGCAUUAAGCCUGCUUUACCUUACAGUGCUCUCUUUUGGCGCUACAAUGGUCACAUACCUUCUCGAAAGCGGAUUCAGUUCGCUGGAGGUCAGUUUCAUGCGUAUUGGAUCUGUGGCAGCCGAGCUAUCGGGUACUUGGACUGCGCCACUGAUUAUGAACAAGAUUGGACCCAUCCGAUCUGGACUGUGGUUCCUGAACUGGCAGCUUUGCUGUGUCGCUGGCGUGACAGCUACCUUUCUGAUUUGGGACUCGAGCUUCAAAUUAGUUGCAGGCAGCUUGGUUGUAGGCGUCGCUUUGAGCCGAAUUGGUCUUUGGGGCUUUGAUUUGUCGGUACAGUUUCUGGUGCAGGAUAAUGUCCCGGAACAUGCUCGGGCACGUUUUUCUGCCACUGAGAUGGCACUGCAGAAUAUCUUUGAGAUGCUCUCUUUUGCGUCUACUAUAGUCUUUCAUCUGCCGAGCCAAUUCCAGUAUCCAGUGAUGAUUAGCAACGGAGCAGUUGCGCUGGCUGCCAUAUGCUUCGCAGCGUAUGUGCGCAAAGAACGUGGUCAUCUUUUGCACAGAUCCAAGUGCUUAGGAGGCGACAAGGUGCCGAGCCCCGAGCUCUCCACUAUCCGCAAGUCGUGGUUCGCAAUUGCGGGGAAGGCGAGCCACGCACACGUCGAGAAGUCACUGUCGACUAUGCCCCACGCCCCCAGGGCCGAGUUCGAUCAUGGAGGUGCCCAAAGCCCGGGGAGCAGAGCUCGUAAAGUGCGCUGCGACGAGACCAAACCAAGCUGCGCCAACUGCGAUCGACUGCGUUUGCGAUGCGUCUACAAACCGCCCAUUGCGCUGGGUUCCUGGGCUUCGUCUCAUCGCUCUGUUGAGUCGCCUGCAACGCUUGCGCAUCGUAUGACACAGACGGCUCCCACGCCUGCCUUGGGCCCUGCUACGGCGGCGUCUGCAGUCGCGGCUGCGUCGCAGCGCUCGCCGGAUCUGAACUUCUUCGGAACUGUGCUUCGCUCGGACAACCAACACCGGGGGGGCCCAUUUGAUAUGCUUGGGUUUAUGGGAGGGAUUACAUCGGAGUUGGAGCAGAAACAUCUCGACUUGACAAGCGGGUUGUCGGCGUUCACGACCACGCCGUCCACACAGUCACUAUCUGCAAGCAUGACUACGAGUGUCACGGAUGAUGGGCAGAUUACUGCUGAAACACGCACGCCUCUCAGUCCUGACGGUACAUCGUCGCUAGCGGACGGAAUGUCGAUUGGGAGCACUUCGGACGCUGCCACUACACGUGGGAGUUGGUCCGACCCCGGUAGUAUUACAUAUGAAGAGCAGUUGCUUCAGCAUUUUCUAGCCAUGGACCCUCCGGCGGCUAUCUUUGGACCUGUUUCGAUGGAAUGGAAGUACGUACGGCCUUCCGUGCUGGUCCAUGCACAAGACUUUAGUCCCCUGCUGAAUGCGUUGCAAUGCUAUUCAGAUGUUCAUAAAGCUCUGUUGGAGGGAAAGCGCUGGCGCUGGGCUCCCACAUAUUACCGAGUUGCUAGUUCUGAAAUGCAGGCUUGCUUACUUGGAGAUGUGAAUGACUCGACUCUGGUCAAGGCCUUUGCGACUGUGUUUUUCCUGAUGUUAUCCGAGGUAAGGUCUCUCCUCUUCUCCCGAGUUGUUUUCGCCAAGCACAUCCUUUCUCCAUUCAUCAUAUCUUCUAUUACAACGGUUCAACGAUCCCUUCCGAGACCAAACCCCCCCCAAUCGUCUCGAAUACCUUUGACCGAUGAUGAUAAGACCGAAGACCUAUUCCGCAGCCCCAGCUAUCUGAUCCACGAGGCGAUCGUGGGCCCAGCUUUCCGUUUCUUUGUGCAGGCACAACAAGUCGUACGACGAAUAGUCUGCAUAGAUCUACACCAUCGCAGUCGUGGCACACUUAGCGAUGAGUUCGAAGUCCUCCAAAUAGCCCAUAAAGUUGGUGCAGAUCUCGAAGCACUAUGGCAUCAACGGCCAUCUGUGAUUGAUGUAUAUGAACAACCAGAAGCAUUGACCGACACGCUCUGCGCUCCCAUGGCCCGCGAAGUAUGCCGCACAUUCAGGCAAUACGUGGUCAACUUUCUCGCAAAUUUUAUCUACUUGCAUCGAGUUGCAUUUGCCAUUUACCCCCGUACAGAUCGCGUCAACGGUGCCGUCGAUCAGAUCAUCCACCUAGCCACCGUCGAGUCUGCAGAAGCAGGUACUAUUCAUCUUCCCGUUAGCUUCCUAUGGCCUUUAUUCGUUGCCGGUCUAGAAGGCUCACCUGAGCAACGCCAGUGGAUUGUACAAGAAAUGCAGCGCAUGGCGGCUACCGAAGACACUGAACCCUCUGCCUCGAUGACUCGUCACCCAGCUGCGGAUAAGGUCAUGAUAUUGUUAGAGGAAAUGACACGCCGACAGGAUGCCUCGCGCACAUGGGCAGACUCACGAUUUGUGCGGCGAGAGCUCUUCCCAGACUUUUUCGUCAUGAUAUAG